CAAUAUUUGAGAGGCUUAUCUUCUUGCUGCCAUCUCCAAGUACUAAUACUGCGCGUUGACGGUAUAUCUACAUCAUCCUAUCCCUCAAUCAUGCCCCGCCACGGAAGUCUGCAACCGCUGUGUGGUUGUUGGUAUCUGGCAACCACAACGCGCCAAUACAUCCCUCAAGUCGACCUCAAAGCCCAUUCAACCAUAUUAUCAGCUUCUUCCAGGACAAUCUUAACCCAGACUUUCAUCAACCCCACAUCAAGAGACCUAGGAGAUGUCAAGUACACCUUUCCUUUGCACGAUGGCGUCAGCAUUGUGGGUUUUAAGUGCGAAAUUGACAACCGAGUCAUUCGUGGGAUCGUGAAAGAACGGGGGAAGGCUAAAAUUGAAUACCAGCAGGCUGUCCAGAAGGGCCAGGCUGCAGCUCUGCUUGAGCAGUCCGCUUUGGCAUCUGAUACUUUCACCACCAGCAUAGGAAAAAUCCCCGUCGGUUCCAAAGCAGUUGUGGAGAUUAUAUAUCUAGGCGAGUUACAACACGAUGCCCAGUCGGAUGGCGUCCGUUUCAGCAUUCCCAGCAUCAUCUGUCCUCGCUACGCAAAUUCUUCUGUCGACACUCACGAAUUGAGUCAAUCCUUAGCGACCCUUGUACAGAGAGGCGCCAUCAACAUCACUGUGGAUGUUUCAGUGGACAAAGGAUCGAGCAUCCGCGGUUUACAAUCACCAAGCCACCCCAUCGCAAUCACACUAGGCCGGACGUCAGUUGCUGCUCAAGACGUAUUUGAAGCGAAUCUCGCUUCUGCGACCCUAACGAUGCAGCAAGGAAAUUUGUUUUUUGAUGAAGACUUUGUGUUGAUUGUCAAUGCAAAAGAUCAGGAUGUGCCGAGCGCUUUUGUGGAAACCCAUACGACUAUUCCCAACCAGCGAGCUAUAAUGGCAACGCUUGUUCCCAAGUUCAACAUACCAAACAAUAACCCAGAAAUCGUUUUCAUAAUCGAUCGAAGUGGUAGCAUGGGGGGGAAGAUUCAGACACUUCAGACAGCAUUGAGGGUUUUCCUCAAAUCCCUACCAGUUGGUGUCAAGUUUAAUAUUUGCUCGUUUGGCUCCUCCCAUUCAUUCAUGUGGAAGAAAAGUCAAGCAUACGAUGCUUCCUCCCUAAAGGCUGCACUUAAAUAUGUGGAUUCGGUGUCUGCGAAUCUUGGAGGAACAGAGAUCCUUGGCCCUGUACGGGCCACGGUGGAAAGGCGUCUCAAAGACCUGGAUUUGGACAUUCUGUUACUCUCGGACGGUGAAAUUUGGGACCAGAACACGCUCUUUAGCUACAUUAACAAAGCGGUGUCUGACCAACCUAUUCGACUUUUCAGCUUGGGAAUUGGCAGUGGCGCGUCUCAAUCCCUUAUCGAGGGCAUUGCAAGAGCUGGGGAUGGGUUCGCACAAUUCGUUAACGACAAUGAACUUUUGGACAAAAAGGUUGUCCGCAUGCUUAAGGGGGCUUUGACGCCGCAUAUUAAGGAUUAUACGGCUGAAUUGGUGUAUGAAAAUGAUGGGGAAGACGACUUCGAGAUUAUCGAAAAACCAAACGAAGUUCCCACGGGUGAAAAUUUUCGUUCUCCGGCAAAACGCUCAGCCGAAACCAUGAACGUAGAUUCAAAGAAAGAUGUUCCAAAAUCGAUGCAACCGAUCUCCCUGUUUGACCCUUCUUACCAGGAACCUGACAUCAAGGCCACUGCCACCCCUCUUGAGGCGGAUCUCCCUAAAGUACAACCUCCCAACGUACUCCAGGCGCCUUACAAAAUACCCAGUCUCUACCCAUUUAACAGGACCACUGUUUACUUCCUCCUCUCUCCAGACGCUCCUCGAACAAACCUCAAAUCAUUCGUUCUCAGGGGCACUUCGAAACAUGGGCCUUUGAUGUUGAAAAUUCCCUUAGAGAAUAUUGGCCAAGGCACAAGGCUUCAUCAACUGGCUGCGCGGAAACUAACACUUGAGCUGGAGGAAGGUCGAGGGUGGAUAUACCAUGCGAAGAACGAGAAAGGACAGCUGAUUAUCGACGAGCAUGAAAGCAAAAAGGAAAAUAUCGUGAAGCGCGAAGCUGUCCGGCUCGGAAUUGAGUUUCAAGUGGCUGGGAAAUAUUGCUCCUUUGUCGCCGUAGAGUCACCUGCUGAUGGGAAAAUGGCGGAGCGGAAGGCAAAAAGGGAAUCGGCCUCAGAAGCCGGCAAACCCCCUGGUUUUGGUCCUGGGGAUAUUCGAGACCCUGCGGAUGAUACGGACGAGUCUGAGGAAGAGAUCAUAGAUUCAGAAUGCGAGAGCACAGUUAGUUCGUCCAACAUACAUGUACUCUCCACUCCGUCCCAUUUUGGUAAGGCUUCGUUCAGUCCUCCAGGCUCCUUUGCAUCCCAGUCUGCUGCCCCUCUGCCCCCACCCCCGCCAUAUUCAUUUGCUUCGUUCCCUCCAGCUCCACCAGCUUCAAACACCCGCUCUCUCGGUAGCUCAGCGCCAAACAGCAAUCCACGAGGAUCAGGUUUUGGAGGAUCUUCGGUCUCUGGUGGUUUCGGAUCUGCUUUCUCUACGACCAGCUCUUCGCCCACUGCAUUGCCCUUUGGUGCACCAAGUCAACCCAUCGCUAGGUUUUCAUUUGGACCAACCCCCACAGCCGCAGCUCAAACAGCUCCGUCACCUUUUGCUGCACAUCACUCUGAGCCAUUAUUCGGGUCAGCUUCCGCGCCCCAAGGGCCCGCUGCUGCCUCCCUUUUUGGUACAAGAGCCAAAUCAGCGUCAGUCGUUCCCGAUAAGAUGCUUGAACGUGGCGAACGACUAGGUGGCCGAGUAGACAAAGGUAACGAUUUGGCUGAGCAAGCAACAACUGAUUCCCACCGCAAAAGCAAAAAAGCCAGCCGUGCACCUCCAGGAGCUCGGCUGAUCCAACGGUUUCUCAAAACGGAUUCUGGACCUACAGCGCCUUCGCAGGAUGCAGUUCACGCCUUGAUAGCACUUCAGUCCUUUGAGGGAUCGUGGCAGUGGGAAAGCAAUGUAUUUGAAGUCAUGGGGCUCAAUGCCGCUGAGAUCGAAAGCAAACUGGAUUGGGCAGCUAUUUUGGGAAAGAAAACUGGAAUAGACACCAAGAACGUGAAGCAGAGGUCAAUUGUCGCGACACUUAUUGUCUUGGCGUAUUUGAACAAGAAGCAUUUGGAUGAGAAGGAAACAUGGGAGCUUGUGGGAGAGAAGGCCAUGGGUUGGGCUGUUGAGGGGAUCAAGGAGAUCGGAGGCAAUCCAGACGGAGGGUCUGAUGUGCUCUUGAGACAGUUUGAUGCCUUGCUCUGAGGGACUUGUUUGAUAUCAUUGAUAGUUCUUUUCCCUCACACGUAUAUUUAUUUUUUUGUACACGGGAAAAGGCUUCCAGGGUUAG